CUUUGUUCUGUGAAAAGCGCAGGUCAGUAGAGCUACAUGCUGCUACUGUUUGGGAAAAGGGGGAGAAAAAAAAGCUGAGUAAUGCUGGAGUCUUUCUCCCGUGGCUGAUGCAAACCUGGAGAAUUUGCAUCAUCAUUUAGCCGGAGUUAGUUGGUGUGUUAGUUGGAACUUAAAGCCCAGCUCGUGAGGAAGCCCAGCUAGUUUCUAAUGAUAGGGCUGGAGCAGCCGCUCUUGGAGCAGCGGCAGCAGCAACCUUAGGGACGGAAACUAGGCUUCGGACAGCCACGGAAGGCACAGGUGUUCUGGAGAAGUCAUUAGCCAGAGUAAAACACGCCUUUGGGGUCCCUACCUGGGAGCCCCAGAGCAGCGUUAAAGGCACCAGAAAAAGAAACAGUCCGAACUCAGGGAAAAGGGAGACUAGAUCUUAGUUUGAAAGUUUUUCUCCUCCUCACUUCUACUUCUUUCCCCAUCUCCUUAUCCACCUCGUCCCAUCCUCCUCCUCUUCCUUCUUUUUUUUUUCUCUCCUUUCUUUUGCACUUUUUGCUUUUUUUCCUUCUGCUCUCCCACUAUGGUCAGGAAGCCCGUGAUGCCCUCCAUCUCCAAUGGAGGCUAUCUCCAAGGGAAUGCUCAUGGCCAUUUAGACUCCAUGGGCAGCAAAGAGGCCCUGAAGCAGGAAAAGAUAGUACUGAAGAAAAAGAUCACGCUGCUAAGGGGCAUAUCCAUCAUUACUGGAACUAUCAUCGGGGCUGGCAUCUUCAUCUCCCCCAAAGGAGUUCUCCAAAACACGGGCACAGUGGGUAUGUCUCUGGUCGUCUGGUCGGUCUGUGGACUCCUCUCUCUAUUUGGGGCUUUGUCUUAUGCUGAAUUGGGGACAUGUAUAAAGAAAUCUGGUGGACACUACACUUACAUCUUGGAAGUUUUUGGCCCAUUACCAGCUUUUGUCCGAGUCUGGGUAGAACUACUCAUAAUACGCCCUGCUGCCACUGCUGUGAUAUCCUUGGCAUUUGGACGCUAUAUCCUGGAACCAUUUUUUAUUCAGUGUGAAAUCCCAGAACUUGCAAUCAAGCUAAUUACGGCCGUGGGCAUCACGUUGGUCAUGAUUCUCAAUAGCAUGAGUGUCAGCUGGAGUGCCCGGAUCCAGAUUUUUUUAACCUUUUUCAAGCUUACAGCAAUUCUGAUAAUUAUAGUCCCUGGAGUUAUGCAACUAAUUAAAGGUGAAACUCAGAACUUUAAAGAUGCCUUUUCUGGAAAUGAUGCCAGUAUUAUGAGAUUACCAUUGGCUUUUUAUUAUGGAAUGUAUGCAUAUGCUGGUUGGUUUUAUCUCAACUUUGUUACUGAAGAAGUAGAAAAUCCUGAGAAAAAUGUUCCUCUUGCAAUAUGCAUAUCAAUGAUCAUAGUCACUGUUGGCUAUGUCCUAACAAAUGUGGCUUACUUCUCUACCAUCAGUGCUAAAGAGUUGCUGCUCUCCAAUGCCGUGGCAGUGACCUUUGCAGAAAGGCUUUUGGGAAAAUUUUCAUUAGCCGUUCCAGUUUUUGUUGCCCUUUCCUGUUUUGGCUCCAUGAAUGGGGGCGUUUUUGCUGUCUCCAGGUUGUUUUAUGUUGCUUCCCGUGAGGGUCACCUUCCAGAAAUCCUCUCCAUGAUUCAUGUCCACAAGUACACUCCUCUGCCAGCUGUCAUCGUUUUGCACCCAUUGACGAUGAUAAUGCUUUUCGUCGGUGAUCUUAAUAGUCUUUUGAACUUCCUCAGUUUUGUCAGGUGGUUUUUUAUUGGGCUAGCAGUUGCAGGACUGAUUUAUCUCCGAUACAAACGGCCAGAUAUGCAUCGUCCUUUCAAGGUGCCGCUGUUUAUCCCAGCUCUCUUUUCCUUCACAUGCCUUUUCAUGGUGGCCUUGUCCCUUUAUUCUGAUCCUCUCAGUACCGGGAUAGGUUUUGGGAUCACGCUGACUGGUGUCCCGGCAUACUACUUCUUCAUUGUCUGGGACAAGAAGCCAAAGUGGUUCCAGAGAAUAUCAGAUGUAAUAACCAGAACCCUGCAGAUAUUGCUGGAAGUUGUACCCCCAGAAGAUGACCAUAAUAAGUCAUGAUCAGUUGAAUUCCAAAGAAGGCGCCAUACGUUGAUGUUCUACAUUUAUCUGAGGCGAAAUGAAAAUGAGAAACUGCUUCUUGAGAUUACAGAGAAUUACAAGACUGGAUUAUGGCUUAAAUCUCAAAGGAAACAAGUAUUUCCAAGCAGUGGUUUUCUUAUGUGUUCAAACCUGUGUUCAAGAAGUUUAGACGUACCUUCAGGUACAUGUGUAGAGCGCCUUCACACUGCCCUUUUUAGGGGCAGACACCUUUUGUGGGAAGGGGAAGGAGAGAUAAUGACAAACCACUCUUAUGAUCUUUCUCUGCGACAUUGCCUUACUGAAUCCUAGGAUCUUCAAAUUGAAGGCCAUGGGAUAUUUUCUCUAUUAUACGUGUUAUUUUUUUUCUGUUGUAUUUUGUUUUUUGGUUUUAAUGGUUUUACAUGUUCUAGGUAGAUAUACUGUGAAGUGUUCUCUGCUCUUUGGACUUGUCACUCAUCUUGAUUGUGAUGUGAGAUUGGGUGACAGGAGUCCAACUUAACUUUAAAUCUUCAACCCAUAAGUCUUCCUUUUUGUUUCAUUUGCACUGUACUAGUCCUCCAAAUAGUCACACUGGCUUAGGUAUCACUAUUCCUUUUUUAACAAACUGAGAAGGGAUGUAACUUUUUUUUUUUUUUUUUUUUUUUUUGAGUGUAGUAAAAGAGAGGAGCUUUGGGGCUUUUGUUUAUCAGUUUUAUUCAGCAAAUGUGCUGACCUGAAAACCUGAUUGGUUUAUUUAUUGUGAAGAUUUUUAAAAAUAAGGCCAUGUAAGAAAUUAGACACUGUGGGCAAAAUCCUUUUGUUCCUUAUGAGGAGGAUGAAAUGGAAAGGACACAGGUCUUCACCCUUUUCAACAACUUCUACCACUAGAUGUUUUUAGCCCCUAUUUCACUUGGAAAAGAAUAAUAACUACCUGUUGAAUAUAUCAGAAAAUUUUUUUUUGCAUCUUCAAAGAACCAACAUCAAUAUUUAAAAUGUUUCACCCAGGUGGGGAAAUUGCCCGACCACAUCCUUGCACUCAUAUCUGUAUGCACUGUUUCUUUUUUAAAAGGAGGAGAUUUUUGUAUUUGAAUAAUUUUACAGAGUGACAAAUUUAAAGUGUUCCUGUAUUUUAUACAUAAUUUUAUUAAAAAAGAAAACCAAAAACAGUUGAAUAAGAUUUUGGUGUAUUAUACUGAAUGAACAUUUAUCUGGGAUUUAAAUGAUUUUAAUUUUAGGGCUGACUCCCAUAACUGAGGGUAGGUGUCUUUGAUGACUACUUUAUCACAAUGGCCCUCAGUUGCUUCAUAUCUAAAAUUCAGAUUUAUGGCUGAACUUUUGUAUCUUGUGAAACAGAAGAUGGAGGCAAGGAAUAGAGUAGAAGGAAUUCACUUGGGGGUUAGCUACCAGGGAACAAAAAGUGCACCUUAUGAUGGGACUUUGGUACCAUCUAAUUAUUUAAAUAUUGUUGAUGUGGGAGAAAGUUCAGGUUUCCCUGUUCUAGUUAAGGUACUGGUAAAAUAGAAAAAAUGAAUUGUGAACAUCUCCAAGUUUAUUUUCUAUGGUUCUACAAACUGUUCAAAUUGUUUGAGUAAAGAUGUCUAUUUACAUGAAAGACUGAGGGGUCAGUAUGUGGAAUAUUGUUACUAAAAAUUGGAUGUGGAAUUGUUGACAUUUUGUUCAAGAAUUUCUGGUUACUGUUCUUCAAUGUUGUCAGUAAUUUCAAUGUAAAGAUUAAUUUCACUUGCAGAGGGAAAAUAUGUGAUAAAUGUAUUUUUAAAAUGAAUUAAAGUGUGUAUAUGCAUGUG